AUGCCAAAGACGAGAGGGCAGCAAGCAGCUCAAUCGCAGCCAGCAGCAGCAGCAGUAGCAGCCCCUGCGCCACAACAACAGCAAGCAGCACAGCAAGCACAACAACAAGCAGCACAACAACAAGCAGCACAACAACAGCAGCAGCAACAGCAGCAGCAGCAAGCGCGACGCCACAUUGGCCAGGCCGGCGGCGCGUUCAUUCGCGAGGCGCUGAGCCGCGAUCUCAACCCCGUUACGUUCAUCACACAGUUCCAGCGUGACAACCAGCUCAAUGAUAAGUUACCCUUGUGCGCAAUGGUGCUCUGGCCCUUCCUGCUUCCGUUGCUGGACAUGAACGAGAUCCCGCGCGCGACAGUGCACUACACGAUGCUCGCGCAGCUCCGCGACACGCUCACCCAGCGCUUCAAGUCGCUGUCCCAAGACAAGCUGGACGCUCUGCUGGAGCGAACCUUCCCAUUCAUCCAAGUCCCAGAAAUUCAGCCGGUCGUUUUCGCCGUGCUGGGACUCCACUCGGGCAUCCCGCCAGCUUACGUUGCACGUCUGGCAGCAGAUGACACGCUGUACAAGCUCUGCUCGCUCUCCGUCAAACGACAGAUAUGGAUGUCGAACAACAAACUGUUUGAAGACGAGCUCGACCCCAUUUUCAAUGAUUAUGUCGAAGAUAAGCGCCUGGCUGUCAGCCCGCGAGAACUGACUGCGGUCAAUCGAAUCGCUCAACUCGUCGAUAAAUCAAUCAUCCUGUACCGCUAUGCGCUGACGCUGAUUCGCUCCCGGUUUAUCAAGUCUCACAACGCCCGUUACUGCAUGCUUCGUGCCGAACUGCUGAUGGCGCUGCACGAUGCCGGCAUCGCUGAGCUUUUCCAUAUCGAUCCGUGUCACGAGUUUGCGUGGUGCUGGGAUGCAUGCAUCCGUGACGCGAAGGUCGACCAGCUUCAGAUCAAAAAGUCCCAGUCAUGCUUUUCAGUCCUUGUGCCAAACAGUCCGAUUCUUGGAGAACUCGCCAUGAUUUUGAACGAUCCGUAUGCCACAGGAACCAUUCUCAAGGCCAUUAUCGACUGUCUUAAGACGAGUGUGGAGACUGAGACAUUGCCUCGCGACGAACCGCGGCUUGUGUAUUUGCUCCAUCUCCUUCAAAUUGGACAGUCUGCACAUGCCAUUCUCCAAACGCAAUCCUUCGUGGAGCCGCCUCAGAACAACAAAACCAUCACCACAUUCCUGCCACUGCUGACCCUCAUCAUGGUGGAGGAUGCGCUUCGAAAAGUCAACAACGACGAGGAGUUUGACGAGUUGCCACGCUUGGUGAUUGAUUUGAUGAACAGCGAUCCGCUUUCUCGUCGUCUUAUGCUCUUCUACGUUCUCGAUCGCAUUCAAGCACGAGAUGGCACAGCUCUACGACGCACCAUUCCUGCCAUUGAGGUUUUGGACGAGCAGAAUCCCGACUCGGACUCCACCUUCUUCCGCACCUUUAUUUCUCUGGUGUUGAGUCACAAGGAGGAUUUCACUGACAACGACAUUCGCUUUACGAUGAUUGAAGACUUUUUGCUUAAAUUUGCACCCUCAUCUCCGGCUGUUCAGCAGCAGAUUAUUCGGCUGCUCAUGUCAUUACACACCAAGUUCGAAGACGCAAAUCUGAUUGACACCUUGCGCGUUAUUUUCGAGACCUGCUCACUGCAUGAGAACUUGAAGGAAGAGAAUCUUACCCUGUUCAAGGCAUACAACCGGCUGGCAGAGCGGCUUGUCGAUCGUAUUGGUGGUUCUGCCGACGCCGACUUUUUCUUCCUCGCGCUCGGUCGCGGCGGCCAUGCCAGCCGAACGUUUGCCGGUGGCGCUCACGAGGCUGCAGAGGCACCUCUUCCCAGUGUUUUCACCCCAGCCCAAGAGCACGAUGCCCCACCGACCUGGUAUUAA